AUGCUCCGUUUCCCCGCCAAUGUUCUCGACCUUAUCCUCGAUAAUACCGGAGAUGGAUACCCUCGGAGGCAUAAGGAAUCCCCACAUCUGCGGGCCUGCUCCCUCGUCUGCAAGGACUGGCGACCGGUCGCGCAGUCUUUACUCUUCAAGGAACUGCGCUUCCCAGUGAACAAACCUCUCUAUCGGGUCCUCGCCUUCCUGAAUGCCGUACCCCACAUCUCUAUCCACGUCCGCUCCCUCGGUAUAUGGAGAUUCGAGCACGAUCGCGAGCAUCAAGGCUGUGGCAUCCAACCACAUAUCCUCUACAAGCUAAUGGUCGCGCUUCCAAAGCUCCAGAAGUUGGACUUGUUCCGUGUAGUCCUCCUUCGCUGGAACACAACUGUACCUUUCCCAACGGUCCCAGUGAAACUGCAUUCCCUCGUCCUAACGGAUAUCGUAAUCGACUUCCACCCCACAAGAUAUUCCGCAGACCAAGCUUUCGACUUCUUGCGCCUUUUCGACGCACAAAAGAUGCGUAUUUCUGGCGGCGGGCUACCCCUUCCCUACUUGAUUACCCGUCCUCCGGUAAACAACAUUCUCGCAGUCCCCGGAGUGCCCCUUCCCGCCGUUCGAGAGCUCGACAUCUACGGGCAGAGUUUGUUCAUCGAAGUGAAUGAUGGGAACGGUGGCUUGAACACAAAUGAGCUCUCUUCCUUAUCCUUGGAACCCACUGUCAUUUUCGGCAACACGUUACCCUUCUACAACCGUUUCAUAUGCCGCUACAGCAAGACAAUUCGCCACCUCAGCGUGAAUAUUGGCCGGGCUCUGGGCGAGUCUGAAACUGCAGACAUAUGGGAGCACCUCAACCUCGCAUCGUGCACGCAGCUGAAGUCACUGCGCCUGCACUGGAGCCAUAAUGAAUGGGCCGGAGUGGAAGGACAAUACGCUCAGGUAUGCGAAGCGUAUCGCGCAAUCCUCUCCACUACCUCCCCCCAUCUCCUUGAGCUUUCCCUGGUCGUGGAGGCUUCUUCGGCCCGGCCAUCGGAUACGCCUUUCGCCGAAACCGCUCACUACAUCGCAUCAAUCCUCAUCCACGGUGUCGAGAAACGUAACGACCUCCAGAGCGUUACACUCGAGAUAUCCAGACACCUUGACCUGGAGAAGAGUGCAGACACGGUAAAAGCCUUACUCCCGAAGUCCUUCAUGGAUCGACAACUCCUGCACUUCAAAGCCCAUCACGGGCCUUCGUUUUGUAUGUUCUCUUAUAUCUCCCUUCUCACCGCGGCCAACUCGAACUGA